AUGACGGUGGCGGAGCCGGCUGCUUGGUCGGACCCACGAAGUGCCACAGCAGACCCCACAGGGCUCGCAAAGAUUAGCCUAGACAUCCUCCUUUCCAAGGCGAAUGCGACCUUAAGAGAAGCCAUCAAGCUCUACACGGGGACAGGUGCCGAGCCCAUUGUUUACCAGUACUACGGGGCCUGCAUAGACGUCUACAUCGUCUCGGUUGUGAAGCUUCUUCCCAAUGCCUCAACUGAUUUGGGCACGGGGAAGUUCUCAGAGGCCCGAGGGGAUGUGACCCAGGUGGUGAACUAUGCAGAGGGUUGUGCCCAGCAGUUUGCAGGGAGGAGCGACCCACUAGUCCCUUGGACCACCGGAGUGCACGACUUUGGCACCGUGGCGGCUGAUAUUAUCAGGUCAUUGGGUUGA